AGUAGAAAAUUUAUGUAUCUAUAAAUUAGAAAACUAUUUUAAUUAAAAAUGGCAUCAAUGGCAUCUCUUUUUUCUUUUACUUCUCCUGCUGUCAAGCGAUUACUUGGUUGGAAACAAGGUGACGAAGAAGAAAAAUGGGCUGAAAAAGCUAUUGAUUCACUUGUAAAAAAACUAAAAAAAAGAAAAGGUGCUUUAGAGGAAUUAGAAAAAGCAUUGUCAAACCCUAGUUCUGGCAAUUCUAAAUGUGUAACUAUUCCAAGAAGCUUAGAUGGAAGGCUGCAGGUUUCUCACAGAAAAGGGCUUCCUCAUGUUAUUUAUUGUAGAGUUUGGAGAUGGCCUGAUCUUCAAAGUCAUCAUGAGUUGAAGCCAUUAGAUUGCUGUGAGUUUGCAUUUAGUUUAAAUAAAAAAGAGGUUUGCAUAAAUCCCUAUCACUACCGAAGAGUUGAAACUCCAGUUUUACCACCUGUUUUGGUACCUCGACAAAGUGAGUAUCCACGAGCUCAAGCUCCUUUACCAUAUCAUAUGCAACAUUCUUCUCACUCAGGAAUGCCACACAAUGCAACUCUACCUGGAUAUCCUCUAAGUGCAUAUUCUUCAAAUUCUGAUACGCCACCACCUGCAUACAUGUCAGAAGAUGGUGGUAGUCCGCGUCCUGAUCCAAGCUUGAUGGAUACAGAUGGAGCAUUAUCACCAGAUGUUACGCCAAUAACGUAUCAAGAUCCAUUAAAUUGGUGUUCUAUAGCAUACUACGAGUUAAAUCUACGUGUUGGUGAACCAUUUCAUGCAUCCGGUACAAGUCUUAUAAUUGAUGGGUUUACAGAUCCGAACACAAGUAGUGAUAGAUUUUGUCUUGGUGGCAUGUCAAAUGUUAAUCGUAAUUCUACAAUAGAAAAUACCAGAAGACAUAUAAGCAAGGGAGUUCAUUUGUAUUACGUUGGGGGUGAAGUGUUUGCCGAAUGUUUAAGUGACAGUGCUGUGUUUGUUCAAAGUAAAAACUGUAAUUAUCACCAUGGUUUUCAUCCGUCAACUGUUUGUAAAAUACCUCCACAGUGUACUCUAAAGAUCUUUAACAACCAAGAAUUUGCCCAAUUGUUAUCUCAAAGUGUUAAUCACGGCUAUGAAGCUGUGUAUGAGCUUUCAAAACAUUGUACAAUCAGAAUGAGUUUUGUAAAAGGCUGGGGGGCAGAAUAUCAUCGACAAGAUGUUACAAGUACCCCCUGCUGGAUCGAAAUACAUCUUCACGGACCUCUACAAUGGCUUGAUAAAGUUUUAACACAAAUGGGUUCACCUCAAAAUGCAAUUACUUCUGUUUCAUAAGAAGCUUACGUACUUAUAAGGCGUUUUUACUAAUAUAUUAGCUUUUUAUACAUAUAAAUUAUACACAAGUAUGAAACAUUUUUUUUUUAUGUUUAGGUUAUGUUUUAGUUUUUAUAAUGGACUUUUUAUGAGGUCCCUAAUGUUCAAUGUUAAAUCCUGACUCGUUGUGAUGUGCAGUCUAAUAUUUUUAAAAAAUCUAAGCGUUUCUUCA